ACGAUUUACUUGUUCAUAGGGGGGAGCUGCAGUAACACCCACCAACGGAUAGUAUUAUGUGAUUGAUUAGGUAGCUUUGGUUAUGGUGUAUGACACAAUACUUAUUUCGUAAUUACUCAUAUCAAUUAACCGGUGACGUAUUCACAUUUUCAGUUGAAUGAGAAUACGUGCUUUCUUUUCGCUCCUAACUCCUAAUGGUACCGUCCAUGAAGAGGAAGGUCCCACGUGUUGGAGAAUUCUAGCUUCGUAGCGCAUGUGGAUUUUACACAGUUCAUGUAAGGAACGCAUACAAUAGAAACAAUUUACUUGGAUUUUCUAAAGUAUGCUUUUUGGGAAAGAAGUACCAUGGAGGCGGCUGGAAGGAAUGACAUUUGGCAUGUACUCUGCCGAAGAAAUAAGAAAGUUGAGUGUCAAGAACAUUACCAACUUCAGAUUCCUGGAUAAUGUUGGUAAUGUUGCCCCCAAUGGCCUCUAUGACCUGUCAUUGGGCCCAGCUGAUUCCAAAGAGGUGUGCUCCACCUGUAUGCAAGACUUCAACAACUGCCCUGGGCACCUUGGGCACAUCGAGCUACCCUUACCCGUAUACAACCCACUCUUCUUUGAUAAACUGUACCUGCUGAUCCGAGGGUCAUGUCUGAACUGCCACAUGCUGUCCUGCCCCAGAGCAGCGAUCCAUCUCCUGCUGAACCAGCUGAAGCUGCUGGAUGUGGGAGCUCUACAGGAGGUCUAUGAGCUGGAGCAUGUGCUGAACCAGUUCCUGGAAGGCAAUGCCCAAGCUUCUGGGGUUGAGAUCCAGGUGGUGUUAGAGGACUACUGUGCUCAUGUCAACAAAGGGAAGACAGGCGGCGAUCACAGCUCACCAAUCAAGCAUCUCUGUGAGAAGAAGAACAAGCUUAUAACACUCUUCUGGAGGGUCCAAAUGAACUCCAGGAAAUGCCCUCACUGCAAGAGUGGCCGAUCACAAGUGCGCAGGGAGCACAACAGCAAACUGAUUGUCACCUUGCCUGCGGCUAUGUAUAAAGAUGGUGCCAUCAAGGGACCCGAUGAAGAAGAUGGGAUGGCUGGAAAACGUGGAUACUUGACCCCUAGCACGGCACGGGAUCACAUCGCCAAACUGUGGGAUAAAGAAGGUUUCUUCCUGAAGUGCUUGUUCUCUGGACUGGAGGAGUUGGAGAGCUCACCCAAUGGCAUUUACCCUGGCCUUUUCUUCCUGGAGCUUAUGGUGGUCCCUCCAUGCAGGUAUCGGCCCAUUAACCGUCUGGGAGACCAGAUGUUCACUAACGGCCAGACGGUUAACAUGCAGGCAGUGAUGAAGGACAGUGGCGUUAUCCAGAAGCUCCUAGCACUUCUAGCUGGAGAGAAGCUGAAAGAAAAGGAGUUGGAGCUGGAGGAGGUACAGGAAGCCGACCCCUCUCAGACAGACCAGGCCUUCCUGGCAGGGAUCCCCGGUGUCACACUCACAGAUAAACUCUACAACACCUGGAUUCGGCUCCAGAGUCACGUCAACAUAGUCUUUGACAGUGACAUGGACAAACUGAUGACGGAGAAGUACCCUGGCAUUCGUCAGAUCUUAGAGAAGAAGGAUGGUUUGUUCAGGAAGCACAUGAUGGGUAAACGUGUGGACUAUGCAGCACGCUCUGUUAUUUGUCCUGACAUGUACAUUGGGACCAAUGAGAUUGGAGUACCCAUGGUGUUUGCCACCAAGCUGACUUACCCUCAACCUGUGACGCCUUGGAAUGUUAAGGAGCUGAGGCAGGCAGUUCUGAACGGGCCCAAUGUCCACCCUGGGGCCUCCAUGGUCAUUAACGAGGACGGCUCCCGCACCAUCCUGAGCAGUACUAACCUCACCCAGAGAGAGGCCAUCGCCAAGCAGCUCCUCACACCCUGCACCGGGCAGCACAUGAUGCCCAUGAAGAUAGUGAAUCGUCACAUCAAGAAUGGCGACGUCCUGCUCCUCAACCGGCAGCCAACACUGCAUCGGCCGUCCAUCCAGGCUCACUGCGCCCGCAUCCUGCCAGGGGAGAAAGUGUUAAGGCUUCACUACGCUAACUGUAAGGCCUACAACGCUGACUUUGAUGGGGAUGAGAUGAAUGCCCAUUUCCCUCAGAGUGAACUGGGCAGGGCUGAGGCCUACACACUCGUCAGCACUGACCAGCAGUACCUUGUGCCCAAGGAUGGGAAGCCUCUGGCGGGUCUGAUCCAGGAUCACAUGGUGUCAGGCACUAGGAUGACCAUCCGCGGCUGCUUCUUCUCCCGUGACCAGUACACUGAGCUGGUCUACCGAGGUCUAACCGACAAGGUCGGCAGAGUCAAGCUGCUGCCGCCCGCCAUACUCAAACCAUUCCCUCUCUGGACUGGGAAACAGGUGGUGUCUACACUACUGAUGAACGUCAUCCCAGGAAACCACAUCCCUCUGAACCUGACAGGGAAGGCCAAGAUCCCCAGUAAGGCCUGGAUCAAGGAGUCUCCACGCUGUGUUCCUGGCUACAAGCCUGAAACCAUGUGUGACUCCCAGGUGAUCUUCCGUCAGGGAGAGUUGCUGGUGGGGGUGUUGGACAAGGCCCACUAUGGCAGCUCUGCAUACGGCCUGGUCCACUGCUGCUACGAGCUGUAUGGAGGAGAGACCAGUGGUAAACUCCUCAGCUGCCUGGCUCGUCUCUUCACUGCCUACCUCCAGCUGUACCGGGGCUUCACUAUGGGUGUGGAGGAUAUCUUGGUGAAACUAGGAGCCAACAGACAGAGAAAGCAGAUCAUAAAAGAGUCUGUCACUUGUGGGACUAAGGCCCUGCAGGCAGCCUUUAACCUUCCUGACACCGUGGACGAGAGUGAGGCUAGGGGCCGCUGGCAGGACGCCCACCUCAACCCAGACCAGAGAGACUUCAACAUGGUGGACCUCAAGUUUAAGGAGGUGGCCAAUCAGGUCAACAACGACAUCAACAAGGUGGUCAUGCCCCUGGGUCUCCACUGCAGCUUCCCUGAGAACAACCUCCAGCUGAUGGUGCAGUCUGGGGCUAAAGGCUCCACUGUCAAUACCAUGCAGAUCUCAUGUCUGCUGGGUCAGAUUGAGCUGGAGGGCCGACGUCCUCCCCUGAUGCCUUCUGGGAAAUCUCUGCCCUGCUUUCAGCCGUACGAAAGUUCGCCCCGCUCUGGAGGUUUUGUGUCUGGCAGGUUCCUGACAGGAAUCAAGCCCCCGGAGUUUUUCUUCCAUUGCAUGGCUGGCCGGGAGGGUCUGGUAGAUACAGCUGUUAAGACCAGUCGAUCAGGGUACCUUCAGAGAUGUGUGAUCAAACAUCUGGAGGGCCUGGUGGUUCAGUAUGACCUGACUGUGAGGGACAGUGACGGCAGCGUGGUCCAGUUUCUCUAUGGAGAGGAUGGCCUGGACGUCCCCAAGACACAGUUCCUCCAGCCAAGGCAGUUUCCCUUCAUACAGGACAACUAUGAGGUCAUCAGAAAGUUAAAGUGCUUGGAUGAGGUCCUGGCCAAACUGGACCCUCAGGCUGCCACCAACCAUUUCAAAGCCAUCAGGAAGUGGAAAGCCAAGAGGGAGCAUCUUUCUCCCAGAGAGGGGGCCUUCCUGCUCUUCUCCCAGAAGAAACUGAAGAAGACAGAGUGCCAGACUCUAGAGAACCUGGCCAAUGGCAGGGAUACUGCCACUCUGAAGCUGGUGGAUAGAUGGAGUUCUCUAGACCAGGACAGCAAAUCUAAGUACCUGAAGAAGACUUCACAUUGUCCUGAGCCCUGCCUGAGCCUGUUCCGGCCUGACAUCUCAUUUGGGUCAGUGUCAGAGACAUUUGACAGCAUUGUGGAGUCCUAUCUAAAGGACAUCCAAGUCAAGCAGUUAGCUGAGGGAAGCUCGAAGAACCUUGAUGCACAAAGACUGAAGCAUCUGCUGCAGCUGAAGUGGCAGCGAGCCCUGUGUGACCCAGGGGAGGCGGUGGGUCUGCUGGCUGCUCAGAGCAUCGGAGAGCCUUCCACCCAGAUGACCCUCAACACCUUCCACUUUGCCGGCAGGGGGGAGAUGAACGUUACCCUCGGUAUCCCAAGGCUUAGAGAAAUAUUGAUGAUUGCCAGUUCCAGCAUCAAGACUCCGAUGAUGAGUAUUCCUGUGUUAAACAGUAAAAAAGCCAUCAAGCGGGUGAAGACACUAAGGAAGAAGCUGACUCGUGUGUGUCUAGCUGAGGUGUUGCACAAAGUGGACGUCCUGGAGACACUCCGGGUGAAGAACAAACGACAGAAGGACCGCGUCUUCAAGAUCACCUUCCGCUUUCUUUCCCCAGAGCGCUACCAGGAAGACAAGAUGCUGACUCCCCAUCAGAUCCUCCACUACAUGGAGAACAGAUUCUUCCGCCUACUACUGGAGGCCAUUAAGAAGCGCAAUACCAAGCUGGCCUCAAUCAACGCAGUGGAAACACGCAAGGCUACAGUACGAGAUAAUGACCAGGAUGUAGGGGACUCCUCAGCUGGACAGGAGAGUGGAGAAGGGGAUGGGGAUGGGGAGGAGAGCAGGAUUGUGGACGACGUGGGGAAUGAGGGAGACGCUGACGCCUCGGAUGCGAAAAGGAGAGAGAAUCAGGAGGAGGAAGUGGAUUAUGAGAGUGAGGAGGGAGAGGAUGCUGAGGAGGGAGAGGACCUGGUGGAUGAAAAAGACGAGCAGGCAGAGGAGAACUCUGAAGAGGUGCCUGAUGAGGUGCCCGGUGACCUGGCCACUGCAGGGCCUGUUGGUGCUGGGACAAGGAAGAGGUCGAAGCAGAAAAGCACACACACACAGGACAGCAUGAGGGUCAACACUGUGCUGGAAACUAGUUCCAGCAUCGAGGACUAUUCCUAUGACAGCCAGCAGGGUCUCUGGUGUGAGGUUACGCUCGUCCUGCCUGUCAGCAAGGUGCACUUUGACCUGACGUCGCUGGUGGUGGCCGUGGCCCAAAAUGCAGUGGUGAUGGAGACUAAGGGCAUCACCAGAUGUCUGCUCAGUGAGGUCACUAAGAAAGAUGGCUCCAAGGAGCUGGAGCUCAAAACUGAGGGCAUCAACAUGCACGAGCUGUUUAACCACAGUGAAAUUCUUGAUGUGAAUCGGCUGUACUCCAAUGAGGUCCACGCCAUGGCAAACACGUAUGGCAUUGAGGUGGCCCUGAGAGUCAUUGAGAAGGAAAUUAAAGAUGUCUUCGCUGUCUACGGUAUUGAGGUGGACCCCAGGCAUUUAUCCUUGGUGGCCGACUACAUGUGUUUUGAGGGCAUGUACAAACCUCUAAACCGCUUCGCCAUCCAGUCCAACUCCUCUCCACUGCAACAGAUGACCUUCGAGACCAGCUACAAGUUCCUGAAGCAGGCCACUAUGCUGGGCUCCCAUGAUAAGUUGGUCUCUCCCUCAGCUUGCUUAGUGGUGGGUAAGGUUGUAAAAGGAGGGACCGGGAUCUUUGAUCUCAAGCAGCCAUUGCAAUAAAUGUUGUUAAAUGCAUCAGGUACCCAUAGCCUCCAUAUCUAGAUAUUUCAAAGGAAGGAAGUGAACGCACCAGUUCACUGCAAGUGCCAUUGUUAUGACAAUGAGGAAAGGGACUGUUUUUUUUUAUUUGUUGCAUGUUUUCUUAUAUUUGACUAUUAAAUAUGUAUUGAAGUG